AUGGCAAAAGAUUACAUUAUUGAAAAUACAAAUUUUGAAAUAGUAGGAGGAUACUAUUCACCAGUUUCAGAUCAUUACGAAAAAGUUGGACUUGCACCAUCUCAACACAGAGUUCGUAUGUGUGAAUUAGCUGUGGAAAGAACCUCUACAUGGUUGAUGGUAGACGCAUGGGAAAGUUUACAAGAUUCUUACACGAGAACAGCAGUAGUGCUUGAUCAUUUCAAUCAAGAAAUUAAUAAUAAACGUGGUGGUGUAAUGAUGAAAGAUGGCAAAUCUCGUCCAGUUAAAAUCGUACUUUUGGCUGGUGGUGAUCUUAUCGAGUCAUUCAAGAUUCCAAAACUUUGGUUAGAUGACGAUUUACAUCAUAUUCUAGGUGAUUAUGGAGUUUUUAUAGUAGAGAGAACUGGAUCUGAUGUUUGGGGAUUCUUGCUUUCACAUGAUAUACUUUAUCAACAUCGAAAAAAUGUUUAUGUUAUUAAGCAGUUGAUUUAUAAUGAUAUCAGUUCAACGAAAGUUCGAUUAUUUGUCAAGCGUGGAAUGUCAAUUAAAUAUUUGCUUCCUAAUUCUGUGAUCAAACAUAUUCAUGCUAAUGAUCUCUACAAAUAA